AUGGCAGGGGCAACAGCAAUAAUAUCGAAGAGUGCAGCUGCGCCGAUUGAGAGAGUGAAGCUUUUGUUGCAGAAUCAGGGAGAGUUGUUGAAGAGAGGGCAUCUAAUGAGGCCUUAUACCGGGGUUGGUGAUUGCUUUAGAAGGGUUUUGAGAGAGGAGGGUCUAUUUUCCUUUUGGAGGGGUAACCAGGCCAAUGUCAUACGAUAUUUCCCAACCCAGCAUCUUUGCCGGCAUGCAAGCAAUGGUGGUGAUGGAAUUCUUGAAAUGGCUUUCAACUUUGCAUUCAAAGGGUACUUCAAGAGCCUAUUUGGAUGUUCAAAAGAGCGAGAUGGCUAUAUAAAGUGGUUUGCUGGAAAUGUUGCUUCAGGGAGUGCUGCUGGAGCAACCACUUCAUUGUUUUUGUAUCACUUAGAUUAUGCACGGACCCGCCUUGGCACCGAUGCAAGGGAGUGCCCAAUUAGUGGUAAACGGCAAUUUAAUGGCCUACUGGAUGUAUAUCGUAGGACCUAUUCAAGUGACGGAAUCGUAGGCCUGUAUCGGGGAUUUGGGGUUUCGAUCAUGGGAAUUACUCUUUACCGAGGCAUGUACUUUGGGAUCUAUGACACCAUGAAACCUAUUGUUUUAGUUGGUCGUUUUCAGGACAGUUUCUUUGCUAGUUUCUUCUUGGGUUGGAGUGUGACAACAGUUUCUGGGGUCUGCGCCUAUCCCUUUGACACAUUGCGACGUAGAAUGAUGCUAACCUCUGGACAACCGUUGAAGUAUCAUAAUGCCAGGCAUGCAUUCUGUGAAAUAAUUUGCCUUGAAGGUUUUAGCGCACUGUUUCGAGGAGUUACUGCAAACAUACUUCUUGGUGUGGCAGGGGCUGGAGUACUUGCAGGAUAUGAUCAACUUCACCGAGUUGCAUAUAGAGUUGGUCAUACUUUUUGA